AUGCUGUCGAAGGCAUACACAGGCGCCCUGGUGCAGGAACUAAGAGCGGCAUUAAGAGAAGAACUGGCAGGCCUGCGCACAGACCUGUCAGCACUGGAGCAGAGAGUAGACGAAAUGGAAACUAAUGCUCAAAGCUGCGAGGAGCAACACAGGGCCACAGAGGUAGCUGUUACCAGGCAAGGUAACAUGCUCAUUACCCUCCGCAGACAGGUGGAGGACCUGGAGAACAGGAGCAGGCGUAACAAUAUACGGAUACCACGGACUGUCAGAAACGGAAACUGA